AGGCUUUUAAAUAAAACUCGUUAGCUUGUCCAUUAAUUUUUAGUCUCCUUUAAACCUCGAAUUAAAAAAAAAAAUUAACAAUAUGAGACUUGCAGACUUUUGUAUUUUCUUCACCCUCUGCCUCUUUCAGGUGAAAAGCGAUUUAAUAACUGACUUCGGUAAGACAGUGAACGAGGCAGUCAAGAAAGUUGUCAAUAAUGAACAAGAAUUUGCGGAUUCUGUUAUUCAAAUGUUGAGCAAUUUAAAGGACUUGUCAAUGGACAUGAAUUCGAAAGCUCUACAAGCAACUCUCGACCAAGCGAACUUUGUUACUGAGAAAGCAAAAAUUGAUCAAACUGCUUGCAUUAAUUCGAAGAAAGACGAAUUCGGUGAAAAAAUUGUAAAAAUGUCUUUUGAUCUCGACUCAUGUGUACAAGAACCAAGAAAAAUUGGAAAUGAAAUUCGGGAAAAAUUACAAACAGCACAUGAGAAAACUUUGAAGAUGCAAGAGGAUAUGAAGGAAAUUAGUACCAGUUGUUCUAGUAAAAUUACAAAAUUAGAUGAAUGCAUUUCUCAAAAAAUAAGUGAUGCACAAAAAGAUUUGAAUAAUUUACUGGAGGCAGUGCAGAUAGACAGUAUUGCAGGCGAAACCAUAAAAUCGAAAAUCUUAAGUGAAUCAUUAAAAUGCAGUGCAAAAGUAUCGAGUGAAAUGUUUCAAAUUGCCAACGAAUUUCAGGGAUUUUUCAAAAAUUGUAUCGCAUAAAUAAUUUAUUUUGUGUAAAAGAAAUCAGAGAUUCGGGAGAAAUAAAUUUAUUUUAUAAAUUAUAAAUUUUAUUUAAUUUUGAAUAAACGACAAUAUUUUUGAA